UGCUUGCAGCCCAGGCAUCUCUCCUGUAGACAGGCAGAUAGAAGAGGAUCCUCCUAGAGAUGCUGCCAGGCUGGGCACUCCACAGUCAUAUGCCAGUCCCAGGCUGCCCAGGGACAUAGACUGGGGAAGGCAUGGAGUCCAUGUACAGGAAGAAUGAAGAAAGACAAAAAUGAAAGGUUACAGCGUGCCUGAUACGUUUGGUCCGAACAGAGGUGAUGACGAGUCUGAAUGCACCUGCAACCCACUACAUCACAUCUACUUUACUGUAACUACCGACAAAUCCAUUGUGGUCCAUGUAUCCAUGUGUCCUAUGCCUGCAUGUUGCGUCACCAGUGUGGACGUGGCAGAGACUUGCUGGAUUCGGCAUUGACACCAUCCUAAAGAAAGCUGGAUGUGGAGAUCAGCUUCCGUCUUAGGAAUGCCAGCAACGCAAGGUGCCGGAGGGAGUCUGAAAAAGGGCUUUGGUAAAAGAACACUGUGCAGCCUGCUGGUGGCGUUAUCGAUCACUGCGUUGGUGGUGGCAUCUUAUGUACUGUCUGGAGGAACAUCAGAACUGUUCCAGGCCUUGUCUUCACCUCUCUCCUUGACUUACAACCAAUCUAGCACAGAGAGACCCAAAAACAAUGUCCAGUCCGCCCAGCCCUGUUCAGUAAAUGUAACGUUCAUUACUCCUCGCUUGGAUGCCUCCAUUACAAAGGGAAGAGAGAUUCGGCUAGCAGGACGUAAGAUCCCAGAUGUGGCAGAGUUGGAGCAAUAUGAACCACAUCUGUUUUCCGUCAUUCCACAGGAGUUCCUAGGUCUUAGUCGCAGCCCUUGCUGGUACCAGAGAUAUGAUGGGAAUUACAGCACUGAUCCCUAUGGGAAAAAUGGCUAUUCCUUAUAUGCCAAGCGUUUACACACCAUUUUUGAGGAGAUGCGGCAAGGGUUCCAGGAGCGACUUCAGCUGGUUGAUGGGCAUUAUUACCGCUUGCGUUGUUUACCCCUCUUUUACAUCAUUGGGCAUCCCAAAUGUGGCACUACCGACCUCUAUGACCGCUUACGUCUGCACCCCAAUGUCCAAUUCUCUGUCAUCAAGGAGCCUCACUGGUGGACAAGGAAACGUUUCGGAAUUGUCAGACUAAAGGAGCCAUUCCACAAACCCUUCCCAUUGGAGGAUUACCUGGACUUGUUUGAUUGGGCAGCACAGAAAAUCCAAGAUGAUCACAGUGAAGACCCAGGAGGGGAUGCGGGGAGGAGGGAUCCCAUUCUUAUAGGAGAAGCCAGUGCGUCCACCAUGUGGGACAAUAGUGCCUGGUCUUAUUUCUACGAUAAUGUCACCAACACAGAACCGCCUGUUCUCAUCCAAGACUUCAUUCAUGCCUUCCAGCCACGGGCCAAGUUCCUCGUCAUGCUCCGGGAUCCUGUGGAGAGGUUGUAUUCCGACUAUCUGUACUUUGCUAUCGCAAACAAGUCUGCCGAGGACUUCAAUGACAAAGUGAAUGAGUCUCUGCAGAUGUUUGACAGCUGCUUGCAAGGGUCUUCGCUCCGAGCUUGCGCUUACAACACCACCUUCAGUAACAUCCUGCCGGUGCGGCUCCAUGUUGGACUGUAUGCCGUAUAUCUGUGGGACUGGCUGUCCGUCUUUAACCUCGAUCAGUUUCUCAUUCUCCGAUUGGAAGAUCACGCAGCCAACACCACACAGAGCAUGAGGCUUGUGUACCAGUUCCUUGGUCUUGGACCUUUGAAUAAUGAACAGGAGGCUUCUAUAAGCCAGAAACAAGCAUCAAACAGCCGCCGCCCAGAGGACUGUAGCCUGGGACCCAUGCUCCCCAUUACCAGACAGCUUCUUAUGGACUACUAUCGGCCCUAUAACCAAAAACUGGCGCAGUUGCUUUCAAACAACGCUUUCCUCUGGGAGAGGUAGCAAGGAGAAGGACAUUGGGAUCCCUUUAUAUUUUCAUUUCUGCAUGAUCAGCUGCACUUAAGGGGUUGCUCUGACAUCUAGUGGUCUUAUUUGGGAACUGCAUGCUUUAGGGAAAAGCGAUGCUUGGCAGCCCCCUGGAGUCCAAAUUGUGGAACUACAAUGAAGAAUGCCAGUUUACUAGAUGUGGACGGAUUAUAAUGGUAGUCUGUAUCACCAGGAUUCCUCUGGAUGUCAGAUAAUACAGCACAGGAACUGAACAUGAAGGAAAUCAUUUCCCCCCCAAAAAAACUGUUUAACCCCAUGGUGAGAGAAACGGGAAAUUCCUAAAUCAAAGAGAAUUAUUUUUUCAUGCCUCAAAAAUGAUUAAAUUAAUAUUUAAAUGGG